AUGGCUCCAAGUCUUCUGGGCGCAACAGUGACCGUUCGCCAGAUACACCCAAGCCAUUCACGCGUAUCUGCGCAUCAUGGUCAGGGCGGACCAAUCUCUGGUGAUGCAGAGACGUUGGCAGCAGCACAUCAGUCAGGUCAUGUCCUCGGUCUUUCUCUCCCAGGGGAGGGAGUAGUAAUAGGGGAUUCUCGGGCCACGACUACAGCAUACGACAAGGUGCCAGACGUAGCUGGGGCGAGGAGGUCCAAUGGACGGCUGCUGUUUGUUGGGGAGCUCAAGACUCCCCCGGUUGAAGCUCACUCCUUGGGCAACAUCCCGACGGAGAGAAAGCCUCGCGAAAUCCUUGGGCAAAUAGCAGAAUACAUGCAGGAAACGGGGAGGCAAUAUGGAUUCAUGUCCACCUAUGAGACGAUUUUUCUUCAACAAGUGUCUGGUCCCGGCAACACCCGGACCGUGAGCGCUGCGUGGUGUCUGGAAUCUGCCCUUUCGAAGUAG